CCAAGAACUUCAAAUCUGUGGUGAAAAUAAAUUUAGGGUUUAACUUAAGUCCGUCACGCAAUUGGAGAUGGCAGCUUCAGCGUUCAACCAUUCCGAUUAGGAUUACUAUCCAAAAUUCUCAUCAAUCAUGGCUUUCAAGACCAACACCGUUGCUUCCGCUUCUUCUAUCGUUGCAAUUUCUUCCAAAGCUAAGAUCUUAUCCUCUCUAUUUACUCACUCUCCAACCAUUCCAUCAUCAAAUCCCCAAAUUUUCUCUGCAAAUCAUCCUAAAUCCCUACAUGCAUUGUCGGAACGGAUGUCGCUUCAGCACGGGCUUCCAAUGUUCAUACACAAUUGCAAGAAAGGGAAGCUCUUUCGGCCAUGGCGGGUAUUAUGAGGAGAGGUUACAUUCCUGAUGUAGUGACAUAUACUUCCUUGAUUAAGGGCUUGUGCAUGGAGCAUAGGAUUAGUGAAGCCACAAAGCUAUUUAUGAGAAUGCCAAAGUUAGGUUGUUGGCCUAAUGUUGUUACUUAUGGAACUUUAAUCAAGGGCCUAUGUCGAACAGGGAAUAUUAACCUUGCACUUAAGUUGCAUCAGGAAAUGCUCAAUGGCACUAGUCCAUAUGCGAUUAAUUGUAAGCCUAAUAUUGUUUCAUAUAAUAUCAUCAUAGAUGAGCUUUGUAAGAUUGGAAAGUGGAAGGAGGCUAAACGUUUAUUCAAUGAGAUGGUGGAUCAAGGUGUUCGACCAGACGUGGUCACAUUUAGUGCAUUGAUUGAUAUGCUUUGCAAGGAAGGAAUGGUUAUCGAAGCUAAGAAGUUUCUAGAGACGAUGAUGCUUAGGGGUAUCGUUCCUGAUUUGUUUACUUAUACUUCACUGAUUGAGGGGUUUUGUUUGGUUGGUGACCUGGAUAGUGCCAAGGAGUUGUUCCUUAGUAUGCCAAGUAAGGGAUAUGAACCUGAUGUGAUUAGUUACACCGUGCUGAUCUAUGGGUAUUGUAAAACCUUGAACAUGGAAGAAGCAAUGAAGCUUUAUUAUAAAAUGCUUCAUGUGGGAAAGUGGCCAGAUAUGAAAACUUUUAGUGUAUUGUUAAAAGGGCUUUUUCUUGCUGGCAAGGUUUGUGAUGCAAAGAAACUAUUUGGUGUCAUUAAACCUUAUGCUGUUCCCGAAAAUUUAUAUAUAUGUGGUGUUUUCUUAGAUGGGUUGUGUAAGAAUGGUUGUUUAUUUGAAGCAAUGGAACUUUUCAAUGAGCUCAAAUCAUACAACAUGAAAUUGGACAUUGAAAGCUUCAAUUGUCUAAUUGAUGGCCUAUGCAAAGCAAGGAAACUUGAAACUGCUUGGGAGCUAUUUGAAAAAUUAUCUCAGGAAGGGCUUCAACCAGAUGUUGUGACUUAUUGCAUUAUGAUCAAUGGGUUUUGUAAAGACGGACAAGUAGAUAAUGCAAAUAUUUUAUUUCAAAUGAUGGAAGAAAAUGGUUGUACUCCCAACUUACAUACUUAUCAUGCCCUGAUGCAUGGUUUCUACAAAAAUAAUAAAUUAGAGGAGGUGGUUCAACUCCUUCAUAAGAUGAUUCAAAAGGAUGUGUCACUAGCUGCUGGCAUUUACACUAUAGUUGAAGACAUGGUUUCCAAAGAUGAAAGAUAUCGAGAAUGGCUAGACAUACUUCAGAGGUUUCCUGUCCAAAAGCAUCAAACUUGAUAACGAGAUACCUAUUGAUAGACUUAUUAGAAGCUAUUAUGUCUUGGAAACUUCUUAUCAAUUUCAAGAAGGAACAACACAUCAUUUCUUGGAGAGAGAGAGAAAAAAAGGCAGAGACGAGAAAGAGUCAGAGAGGAGAAAGAGACAUAGAGGCCGACAAUGGAGCAACUAUACCCGGGAGGAUUGAAAAGAAGAAAAUUAUUAGUAUCACAAAUCUUUUGCUAACGGGGUGGAGCACAAAUCAUUUGGUGGUUGAACUAGAAAGCCAACCACCAGCGGGGCGGAGCAUGGCGGUCUACAACAUUGCUCGUGGGCGUGAGACUGCAGGAAAGAUGUGCUGAGAGAGUGAGAAAAUGUGGAAAUGGACAAGUGCCUAACAGCAACAGCGGACAGAAAGGGACUUUGAGCUUCGAGGCCUCAUCAAAUCAUUUGUUAGUCGAAAACUAACGUUAAAGAUUGGUUUUUAUGUUUACUCUUCCUGACAUUGUACACCAAUAUCUAGUUUCUUGACCAACUUCAAAGGUCGAAUUUAUUGUUAUCGUUUGAAAUGAAGUUUUUUUUUUCCUCUCAA